AUGAUGAUAAGAGCUGAAAGGUUAUUAAUUAAAUAUGCGCAGAUGCAGAGCUUCUCCGAUGACCUGAAGGACCUGAAAAAGAAAAACACAUUAAGUAAAUCAAGUAAAUUACUUACCUUGUCACCUUACCUGGACGACUUCGGAAUCCUGCGUGUUGGAGGUCGCAUCGAAGCUGCGCGCGACGUGCCCGCAGACAUGAAGCACCCCGUCAUCCUCGAUGGCCGCCAUCACAUCGCUCGCCUUAUAGUCAAGCACUUACACAUCCGUGCUGCUCAUGGGAAUCAUGAAACUGUCGUCAACGAGCUGAAACAAAAAUACUGGGUGCUGAAAAUUCGACCAACUGUGAAGCGAGUAGCCAUGGAAUGUAUGGUCUGCAGAAUAAGAAAGGCUGAACCUAGACCACCUAGAAUGGGCGACUUACCGGAAGCACGCAUGGCCCACCAUCAACGCCCCUUCACCUUCUGUGGGCUUGACCUGUUCGGCCCGAUGGAAGUCACUGUGGGAAGAAGGAGGGAAAAAAGAUACGGCGUCCUCUUCACGUGUCUGACUGUGCGAGCCAUACACAUAGAACUGGUGGCUACACUGACCACAGAGUCCUUAAUAAUGGCGCUACGCAGACAAGCCUGUCGUCGUGGGUGGGCACAGCAGCUGUUCUCAGACAACGGAACUAAUCUACGCGGCGCAGACACUGAACUGAGGAGAUCAAUACAGGACUUGGAUCAACAAGUUUUAAAGUCAGCUGCUAUCAACUACGGAACCACUUGGACAUUUAUUCCACCUACAAGCCCACACUGGGGUGGGGCGUGGGAGAGACUUAUUCGUUCAGUCAAGGCGUCACUAAAGAUAAUCCUGAGGGAACGCACCCCUAGAGAAGAAGUCCUACUCACUCUGAUGGCCGAAGUGGAACAAAUUGUCAACAGUCGUCCGCUGACGCAUGUCAGUGUUGAGCCUGGAUCGAGCGAAGCGCUCACACCUAAUCAUUUUCUGCUGGGGUCAUCGUCGAACCUACCUGUCCUCGGAGAAUUCUGUGAAUCAGACCUGUACCUGCGAAAACAAUGGAGGAUUUCGCAACGGCUGGCAGAUAUGUACUGGUCUCGCUGGGUAAAAGAAUUUCUGCCGGAACUGAUACCUAGAAGAAAAUGGACGGAUGAAGUACCACCUAUAAAAGUUGGUGAUCUGGUGGUGAUAGUGGACGGGAACGCCCCGAGGAACAUGUGGCUGCGAGGCGUCGUGGAGGCGGUGCUGCCGGGCAAGGACGAGCGAGUGAGGGUGGUGGACGUGCGCACCCGCACCGGGCUGAUGAGGCGCCCCGCGACCCGCGUCGCAACUAUACCUGUAGGUUAG